UUAAGAAUAUUCUAGAAUAUGUAUAAUGAAUUAAAAAUCUCAACCUUAACUCAUUCGUGUUAAUAUAGCCAGUAGAGACUGUACGGACUGUAGAGUGUGUAUAGCCUGUAUAGUGUGUACAGCCUGUAUAGUGUGUUUAAUAUGCAUCUCUCACUCACUUUUUUAUUGACGGAAUUUCAACUAUUUAGCUAUAAACAAAACAGGCACAGUUUUGGUACAGUUUUUUACAUGGACAAUAUAUCCGGUGAAUUUUGAGAUUGUUAAAAAUCUUGAAAUGCAACUCAGUAACUACAAAACAAAAAUGACAGUUAAAAAGUACUAGCUUAAUUCUACAUUGCUUAGCAAUGUUGUAAACAAGCAAAUUUUUGCAUAUAGUGGCUGCUAAUUAGGCGAUUAUCACAGUAUGAAAUUUACGAAUCAAUUUAUUUCGAACGUAUUUAGAUAACUCGAAUCGCUUUUCUGGGUAGAAUAUAAAGCCAACCGUCUUUACUUGGAAAAAUUAGGAAGGCAUUUCAAUAAGAUGCAACGAAAUCAACAUUGUCAACGCACUGUUCCAAAUGAAAGGAAGCUCAAGUGAAAUUCGGGCGAAUUCCGCUCGUGCCCAUAAUGAUUUUGCGUGAAAUUCAAUCAAAACGUUUAAAAUUCACCAGAGUUGAUAAACUUUGUCUCUUUAAAAAAUUUUUGUUAUAUUAGUCGUUGUUCUUUGCGUUCAUUUGCAUUUAUUUCCCAUGUAUUUCAUCAGUCGCACCGUCGUCAGUCAUACCAUGAUACUCCUGUCAUCAAUGCGAAUCAGGUGGUAAUUAUUAAAUCCAUAUGACGUCUUGAAGAUGAAUUGCGUAAGUAAUCACUUUCGUCUAUUCAAUGAGGAAAAUUAAGCUUUUUUUCCAGUAUGAAAAACCAAACGUUGGUAGUCGACAAAGAUUUUCCAAACAGUACAUUUUAACAGUACAUUUUAUCCUGGCUGCGUGUGAGUAUAUUUGCUGUGGCAGUCCUCUCUCCCACGCAAGGUAUCCUUGCGGGGCAUUUUAAAAGUAGCUAUCAGAAGAAAAGUUUUUUAUAACAUAUAACACCCGCAAGGAUAUUUUGAAAUUGUUAACAUUUUUAAGCAUAUGUCUACGUUGCAGUUAGAGGUUUUAAUCUGUUAAAGACGAAAUUGGUGACGAAGUGAUUGAUUGCAAAAGAAAAGAUUGCUGAAUCAAAACAGAGCACAACUCAGGACUGGCCUACUUGAAGACUUCAAGCUUGCAAUGGAUCCAAUAGCAUUAAGUUGGGAACUAUUGUCGGGUUUUUCAGUAGGUGGGAAACCACUCCUGGAAUUACUAGGUGUAAUCGACAGCGAAUUAACCAUAUUAAAAGCAAUGUGUAGAAAAGAUCUCCAAAGCAGCAUCAGUCAUUUCAGGAGAGGUGUAGAAAAACUAAAUCUCCCAAAGUCAAUUGAAAACAAAGAAUAUGAGUCGCUACCAUCAAAGACACUACAGUCGGCUAAAGAGUCGUUUAUCGAGGCGGACAGAGAAGCAAACAAGGCAUUUCACAAUAAAUCAUUAAAAAUUGAAGAAAAAAUAACUGCGUGCAUGAUUUGCAUCGCAAGUUCUAUUCUUCGACAUUUUAAUGAUAGUGAGGCAGCAGAAAAGGAUGCUAUGGUAUACUUGAAAAACUUGAAUUCGUUGCACGAGGUAGGAAAGCUUUUUUCUUUUCCACAAUUAACCUUUAACAAAAACCAGAGGGACAAAAACAUUGAAAAUGUACUGAUGGUGAAUUUAUUACUAGCCAAUUUCAUUUCAAACAACACAUUUAUAAAACGAGCUGUUCUUGACUGGCCAUUAAUUGAAUCAGGUGUGCACAAGUUUCAUCCUUUGUAUUUUAAAGAUAUUGAAGGAAUCAUGAGUUCUUCCACACCUUGGUACGAAUCUCGUUUUUGUAAAGAUGAAGCUCACCUAUUUGUCGACAAAGAAAUCACAAUAACCAACGAAGGAGAAGUGCUGAUUUUUUCUGGAAAAAGUCUCCAAAAAGUCGACAGCGAAACAGGAAAGCUUCAACCGUGGUGUAAAGAAAGUUGUGAGAUUGAUGAUUGGCAAGUUAGAUGUAUGACAGCUGAUAACAAUGGCGUGGUAUAUGUUCUUUCUGGUUAUGGAAAUAAGAACACUUGGAACUAUCAAUUGACAGUUUUUUCAGAAGAUGGCGCUAUCCAACAAUCUACUUUGAAGUUUCUUGACAAUAUAGAGGCACGAAACUUGUUUAUGGCCGUCACAAAUGAUGAAGUAGUUGCUAUUGCAUUUGUUGAAGGUGACCAACCUAACAUCAACCUAUGUGUAUGCUACAAAACUGGUUUUCUCUUUCUCGAACCUUGUAGGAUUAUAGGCAUUAAUAAUCCACUUGUUGACGAGUUGAAAUCUUUGUGUUUUUCUGCUGAUAGGCAAAUAGCCAUGAUAACCUAUCGAAAUCCCCGUGAAUAUUACAGAAUGCUUUUCUACAACAUGGAAGCAAAUUUAUCAGAUUGCAUGAAAUUCAAACCGUCCCUUGAUGAGAUCAAAGAAUAUGAUCAAGUUAUUUACACACCACUCUCCAAGUGUAUCACAGGUUAUUUCUUUAAUAAGGAUGCUUCAAAGUUAUUGAUCGAGACUUUUUCAACUGAAACCAAAAAACUACAGUCGUCGCUCGUAUUGAUGAAAGCAGGAUAUGAUUUGGGAUUGUUUAAUGGCUCAUUUCGUAUUGUUUAUCAUGAUAACGGAGGAGUGGCUUUGGUUACAAAAGAGUGCAUAGUUCAUUUAACAAAAAAUUUAGAAGAAAAUCCCAGUCAAAACCGAGUGUUUAUGGAUAGGAAUGAGCCUGGCCUUUCAUCAGCAACAAAAAAGCCUGAUACCAACCAUAACGUUCGUGCCUACAGCGUUAAAGUAAGAAAAAGAAGUGAACGAAAAAACGAAGACAGCUCGGAACAAAAACUUGAAAAGAGUUUCAGUCAAGGAAGUUAUUUUAAGACGCUUAAAGAGUUGGAAAAAAGUUGAUAAGGCGGAGUUGUACUCCAGUAUCUAAUGCUAUUACUCAAUUCAAACAAACAAAAGGCAAAGUAUUCAUUGAGUCGCACGUAGAAAUACGUUAUUAUCGCACAUACUCUAAUUUCAUUGCUUCAAAGCAAUAUUGCAUGGCAAUUCGAGGUCGCAAAAAUAUCAAGAUGACAAAAUUUUUAGACAAAAUUUUACCACUAGCACUGUCAACUUUCAUACAUAUCACGAUACUUCAACAUAUAUAUUUUGAUCAAUGUUUAUUGUGGGCACUAGAACUCCUAAUGUCUUAUAUGAAAUUAUAAUAACAGCAUGCACACAUGUCAAAUAGCAACAAUGUCAAUAAAUUUAUACGUUGCUUAA